AUGGUCGCCCUCGCUCUCAGUACUCUUCUCCUCGGAUUGGCUACCCUCGCUGCUUUUCGACGGUGGAAAUUGAUCAAACGUCUACCCCUUCCUCCUGGCCCCAGGCGAGUCCCUCUCUUAGGCAACCUUUUUCAGUUGCCCAGGCGCAACGGAUGGUUGCAAUUCAAGCAGUGGUCAAAACACUUUGGAUCAGAUAUCCUAUACCUCAACGUCGCUGGGGUCAGCGUUGUCGUUUUGAACUCAACCGACGCGGCGAAUGAUCUGCUUUCUCGGCGAUCAAGUAUCUAUUCGAGCAGGCCGCACGCUGUAAUGCUUACCGAACUGUCGGGAUGUGAUUGGGCGUUCGCGACCAUGCCAUACAAUGACUAUUGGAAGCAGUGCCGCCGUAUUUUCACCAUGCAGCUUAAUCCUAUCCACGUGUCACGUUAUCAACCACAGCAGCUUCAGUUCAUCCCCGACCUUUUGUUGGGCCUGUUGGAUAAUCCUGAUGGGUACCUUCACCACGUUAGACGAUCUGUGGGUACGAGUAUACUCUCUAUCACAUACGGGAUCGAAGAUCGAAAUGAGCUGGAGUCUCAUAUUACAUUGGUGGAAGAAGGCGCAGAGAGACUAGCCGUCGCAGGAUCACCUGGUGCCUUCUUGGUAGAUUUCCUCCCGUGGCUGAGGUAUGUCCCAAAAUGGUUACCUGGCGCAGGGUUCCAGCGCACGGCCGAGGAGAAUCGCUGGUAUUCCCAGCGCAUGCUAGAGGUCCCAUUUGCAACAGCGAAAAAACUCGCGGAAAGCGGUAUGGGCUGGCCCAGCUUAGUGUCACGCGGACUGUCGAGUCUUGCGACAGAAGAUGAGCCCCUUGGUGAGAAAACGCUGAAAGAUACCGCCGCAACUGUGUACGCAGCGGGGGGCGAUACGACCGUCGCAUCACUGCAAGUAUUUUUCCUAGCGAUGCUCUCGCAUCCCGAUGUGCAGACGAAAGCGCAAAAGGAGCUGGACAGCGUCCUAGAAAGUGCGCGUCUUCCCGCGUUCGAAGAUAAAGAACAUUUACCCUACAUCACCGCCAUCAUGCUGGAGGUUCUCAGGUGGCAUACGGUGACGCCGCUAGGCAUACCCCACGUUCUGUCCGAAGAUGAUGAGUACAAUGGUUAUCGUUUACCGGCGAACUCCAUCGUCGUAGGCAAUAACUGGGCGAUGUUGCAUGACGAGCGUGUCUUCCCGCAUCCCGAUCAGUUUAAUCCCGAUCGCUUUAUCUCUGAGGGAAAGCUCAUUGACGAAGACAAAGUCCUUGCUGCUUCCUUCGGCUUUGGGAGAAGGAUAUGCCCUGGACGCUACAUUGGCAUGUCCGAACUGUGGAUCACGGCUGCGUCUGUAUUGUCUGUGUUCAACAUCACCAAGGCUGGGAAGGAACCUACGCGAGAGUUCACGACGUCGUUGAUAAGUACCCCUUUACCGUUCCAAUGCGCGAUCAAACCGCGUUCUGAGGAGGCGCAGAAGCUUAUACGAGCAGCUGCUGAUAGUAAAUGA